AUUUUAAAACUCCUGCGCUCACCUCCUCUUCUUCGUCCCCCCUCUCUCUCUCUCAUCAAAUUUUCCCUCCGGCGAGUUGCGACCCCCCAGGCCUUCUUUCUUGAAAUUUCCGAGUUACCACCUUUCUUUCUUCUCGGCUUUUUCUUCCCAGAGCCUUCCGUUUCAGUUCCGUCUUUUUCCGUUUACUUGUCGUGCUGUCCGGACUCCUGUCUUGUUCUUGGUUUAAUUUUGAAGAAACUCCCCAUCUGUUUUUCUAUUUUUGGCUCGGAGCGAAUUUGCGUCUGUAGUCUGUGACGAUGCCGAGCAGGUACGCCGGUAACAUCUCCCAGGACUGGGAGCCGGUGGUGCUGCACAAGACGAAGCCAAAAUCCGGCGACCUGCGCGACCCGAAGGCGGUGAACGCGGCCCUGCGGGCCGGCGCACAGGUCCAGGCGGUGAAGAAGUUCGAUGGCGGCUCGAACAAGAAGGGUUCGGCCUCCGCGCAGCCGGUCGUGAACGCCCGGAAGCUCGACGAGGCGGAAGAGCCCGCGGCGUUCGAGAGGGUGCCGGCGGACUUACGGCUGGCGAUCCAAAAGGCGAGGGUGGAGAAGAAGAUGAGCCAGGCGGAGCUGGCCAAGCAGAUCAACGAGCGGGCACAGGUGGUGAAUGAGUACGAGAGCGGCAAGGCCAUCCCCAACCAGGCCGUGCUCGCCAAGAUGGAGAGAGUCCUCGGCGUCAAGCUCCGCGGCAAGCACAAGUGAGUUCGAUCCUGUGGGCUAUGGCGGCGAUUUAAGAAAGUUCAUUCUUGUUGGUCCUAGAUUGUGGUCUCUAAAAUUGAUAAAGAGUGGAGCCCCUUCCAUCUUAUCGUUACUGAUGGUUAUGUAAAUUUGCUGUAGGGGUUUAUGAGUUUUAUGGGCUAUAUUAGCGUGCUUAUGAAAAGUGAUGACUUAACUUAACAAGAUGGCUUUGCUCUAGUAGGUUGUUGUAGUCUCACACUUUGUAUCUUUGACGGAUAAUAAGAUCCACUAAAGGGUGCAUGGACA